AUGUCGAAGUCAGUGAAGAAACUUGUCGAGGAGACAAAGGAUCAAGGUUAUACAGAGCUAGAUCUCUGUGACAAAAGCUUGUCUACGAUUGCAGAUAUUCCAGGACUGAGUAAGUGUUUUGCGAAGUCUUCGAAACAGAUACUUGUACAUCAACAAUGAUGUUCAGUGAUCGUCAUCGAAGGGUUUUUUUUUCAGCUGUGCUUUCCCUGACUUUGAGUUCCGAGUUAUCGUUUAUUUAUCACUCGUUUUCUUAUUUUACAGCCCAGCUGAGGCAUUUGGUACGCCUUACUUUGAGUCAUAACAGAAUAACAUGUGAGUUUUAUUUUAGAUCAAUGAGAAUCUAAUCUUUUCUGUUCAAAAGGGUGUGAAGUAGGGAAAUUCUGGACAUUCUUUAGUAGGGUUAGGGCCACAUCCUGUCACAAAUGUUUCGUAAAGAGAGGGAGAUAAUUGUCAUUUGUAAAAAGAGAAAUACUUUUCGCAGUGGUCCGUCAAGUCAUUCAGUUAGGCCAACAAUUGCUGUAGUCUGUAAAUUCAGGAUAAUGAUGAAUGUUUUGACGAUUAUUUGAAAAUCGUGCAUAGUUAUACUGUCCGAUAUGCAAAUACCCAUCAUAGAGAAAACUUUGUUGUGUCACCGUCUAAAAAAAAACUAAUUCGCUCUUUAUAAGUUGGAAAUUGUUUUAAUGGUAAACCACACCAUGAUAUGUUCUUGUCAUUCAAAACGCCAAGAAAAGGAAAUUUUUUACUAAUCAAUCAGUUCUGCUGGAAACCUCAAUAUAAAAUUGCGAAAUUUUUCUGAAGGUGCUUGUAAGAAGUAUAGUUUGUAGUACUCUAUGGUGUUGUGACCGACUGUGAAAGUGACAGCAGAGUCUCUAACUUUAGCGAGAAACUUGUGCUUUCUGAUAAAUUCUUUGAAAUAUUAUUGCAUGUAUUUCUUGUCAUUUCAAUUUAGCUCUCCCAGAAUCCAUUGGUUCACUUGAAAACCUGGAGUUCUUGAAUGUGUUUAAUAAUCAUAUUGAGGUAUGUCAUUUACAAAUAGUGUUCACCAGUUAUAAGUGCCCAGUAUUGCACUGGUUUGAUUGCAGGUUUUUGGGAAAUGUGCUAAAAAAUCUUAUAAAAAAGCUUUCAACUUCUCAUGUGCAUCUUUUUCAGGAGCUGCCCAUGUCAUUAGGCUCCUUGAAGAAACUAAGACACUUCAAUGCAGCGUAAGUAUUUUGGAUUACAAAUGUGUACCAACUAAGCAACUGAGAAGGCUGACAGCUGGAAUGUAAUUGGCUCUCAAUCAUGAUAUGUAGACUUUUCUAUGCUCAGCUCAUAUGUCAUGACCAGCAAUGUCCAUUCAUCCAUCCACACUAGCUUAGUACAAUAACUGAGGUGAAAAAAAGGGAGAAAAGUCCUACUUAAGAAAAGCACUCGAAAGAAGAUAAUUAUAAACUUUCUAUAAAUUAAAGUGUACAUGUCUGUGAUUCUUGUGAACUUUGCUAAGCUGACCAGCUGUUCUAUAUCUUUUUGCCUGAUUGUAAUGUGUUAGGCAUUUGCGGGACAAUUGAAACGUAAUGAAGAAACAUUAUUUUUACUUUUGUAACAGCCAUCUCUUUCCCUUAAUAAACCUCUUAGAUCAGCCCUUGACCAGCAACUGAUUUUAGUGGUCACAAACAAUUAAAUCUCUCUUUCCCUUCUUUGCAGGAUUAGUUAGUUGUCUACACUGAGAUUUUUCAUAACUUAAGAUAAUUUGGUUUAUCAAAGGUGUUGAUAAUGUAACUCAGCCAUUGUAGAGAGUUUGUAUGCUGAUGUUUUGAGCUGACUUAGGGCUAAUGCGUGAUUGAUCAGCCUUAAAAAACUCUCUGUAGUGGCCAGUUUACACUAUCAACUCAGAUGACAAGACCAAUUAUCUUAUAAAACAAACAACUGGUGUAGCACUACAUUUUUUUUAUAAAAUUACCCCUAUGUUCAUUUAUCAUGAAUCAGUUAAUGAUUGUAUUUUUCAGGGUAAAUCGACUAAGUUCCCUGCCCAGAGGCUUGGGAACAGCAUCUGGAUUGGAAAUCUUGGAUUUAACAUAUAAUAACCUCAAUGAGAAGUCACUACCAGGAAACUUCUCUGUUAUGAGUAAGUUUUACAAAUAUCACCAAAGGAAAGGCAGAAAAUCAAUGCUACCAAACUCCUUGCAAACUUGUCUGGUUUUCUUGCAAGUAUAUGAAGAUUCCCUCAUUUUUAGAUAUAAUAGAUAAAAUCUUUUGCAGCUUUAUUUUCAUUUACUAUUUUUAAAAGUUAUGUUCUAGGUUGCUAGUACCAUGCUGUAAAAUAAGGGUUGAAUUGAAGGCAUUUAAAUGAAUCUAAUGAAAGUACACCUCAUUUUCAGAACAGCUUAGAGGCCUCUACCUGGGAGACAAUGACUUUGAAACUUUGCCACCAGAAAUAGGAGAGCUCAGAAACCUUCAAGUGGUAACUGCUGAAAUUAAGAUUAUAUCAAGAUUUAACAAAGGUCUUAAAUUUUAAUACUCAUAGCCAAGGACUAAAUAGUUAUAGUCUUUAGUGUGAAUAAAAAUUCAAAACAAUUUCUUGAUACCAAAGGUAAAAUGUUUAUAAUAUAUAAUGUUUUUUACUGUUGCAGCUUGUGUUGAGAGACAAUGAUCUGAUUGAACUACCAAAAGAGCUGGGGAAAUUGAGUAGACUGAAGGAACUUCAUCUUCAGAACAACAGACUCACUACUCUACCUCCAGAACUAGGUAAUGUGUACAGUGUUCAAAAUUCUAGAGUUCCCCGCUUCCAAAAGGGGCAAAAGAUUAGUUGCAAUCAAGUGGACCAUUGUGGACAGUUAACAUUCUGACUGACAGACCACACCCAACAUGCAAUCCUAAUUUUCUUCUUCCUAUGCACAAUACUUGACAACAGUUACUCCAAUUUUUAAAAUGUUCUCCUGAAAUGAUUGAAUUUGAAGGUGAGCUAGACAUGGGUAACCCACGGCAUGUAUUCAAACCAGAAGGGAAUUCAUGGAUACAGCAGCUUGAAGAUCAAAUUGUUCUGGGACCAUCACAUGUGUUUGUGUACAUCAAAACUGAUGGAUACAAGAGGUUUGUUGCAGAAGACAUUCUUUUCCUCAAAUCAUUAAUCCUUUACCGCCCCUCUUCUCACAAUGAAUGAUCUUUACUUCUUUCCCUGCAUUUAGUUUGUACGAGCGUCAUGUUACUUCUGGUAAUGCUCCACCACCAAAGAGGGAGAAGGAAAAGACUCUAAAGCGAAGCAGAAGAAAAUGAUUUCCCUGGGGUGAUAGCUUUCUUAUCACAGCACUUUAUUCAAAUUUGAGGUAGAGGAAAAUGCUAAUAUGAUACUAAGUACCAUUUGUCUAGAUUAGGUUUACUAAUAUAUGUCCUAGGUCAUAUCUCACGGAAAUGUUUAUUUCAAAAAUGCAAGAAAUACAAAGUGACCAUUUAGAGUGAACAUACAUUUAUAUUAGAGAUUUUUUAAAAAUGCUCAUCCAUAUAAGGCAAAGAGUUCCUGGCUAGCUUUGAGGAAAUAAGUAAUUGAGUAUUCUAUUUUUAUACAAUUUUGUAAAUAAAUAUGUGCCCACAAAUAGGGCAAAGUAUCUUCCGGUACCUGUAUUUGCCAACUGUAGAUACAAAUAUGUGCCAUUUACAGUUAAUCUUAUACUGCUGAUGUAAACACAACCAUAAUUAAAUCAUCCGAACCAAUAAAUUUAAAGUUUUUUUCAGCUUCAUGGUUUUUAAAAUGAACCAAUGAAAAUUCAAGUACUUUAACUUAAUGUAAUACAAUGUUAAUUUCAGAAAAGUUCCUUGGGUGUCUUUCAGCAUGUACCUCUGAAGUUGGUAUGACUGGUCUAAAUGUCAACUUUAAUUUUGCUAAAAUGAACCAUUGUUUGAAUUAAUUAUAGCAUUAUUAUC